GCCCCGCGCCGCCGCGGAGAGAGCGCGCCCGGGCCACCCCAGCUGGAAGGCAUCCCCGGAAUGCGGCGGCUCAGCACCCGCCCCCUCGGGAAUUCCCCGGGGGAGCCGCUGGGAGGGACUCGGCUCCCGGGUUGGGCCGGCCGAGCCUCGGGCUCUGAGCGGUGGGAUUAGAGGCUCCAGCCCCGCCGAAUUGCAGACGUGAGGUCGGGCACACCUGAGCGGCGGCGGGGCGGUCGUGGCCACAUCCGGGGCGACGUGCCUGAGUCACCCCGUCCUGCCAGCGUCUGCCAGUCCAGCCAGUCCGCCCAGUCUCUCGCGUCCGAGACUCGCCUCCAGCCUCCCACCUCCGCCCGGGCCGCGCGAGCCUCGCGGGGGCGGGGGCGGGGCGCCAAGGGGCGGGGCUGUCUCUUAAAGGGCCCCGGGCCGCUGCCCUUAGGCCACUUCCUGGGGGCGGAGAGGACCUCAGCGGCUGCGGCGACACCCAGGGAAGGCGGCGCGGCCGGGUCCCGAAACUCCUGGCUGUUUCCAUCAGAGCCCUCGGACACUCCCAGCCCGGGCUGAGCACGCAUCGUCGCUCCCCGACGGAUACAAGGGGGCUCCGCCAUCCGCUCCCGUCAGUUCCGCCUCCAUCUCCUGGGACCCGCGCCGGCAGCCAGGCCAGGCCUCUGAGUGGCCCCAGAGCCCUGGCUGGACUCGUCCACGGCGGCAGCGAUCUGCCCGGGGUCUCGGAGGCCAUCCCUUCAGAGUCGGCCCUGUGCUCGCCACCGUCACCUGCUGGUUGGAUUCCGGAAACCCACUGUCUGAAGACCACAGAGGGGUGUCGCUGACCACCCCAAAUCGGAUACGUCCAGACCUCAAGCUCCCUUCCCCUCUCUGGCUGCCCUCUGCUCUUUUCAUCUCUUCUCUCAACCUUUUGGGGAUUUCUGUGUCCUGACAGCACCUCCCCAUCCACCACCAAAGUAGCCGGGGUGAGCCCCAAACCUUACUGCGUGUGCUCCACCUGUGCCUCCAACCCAGCGAAUCUGACAGCUUCGACCCAAUUCUGCACACACCCAGGAAGUUCUGCCUUUUCUUUUCUUUCGGUGUCUCCUGUACUUCCCAAAAUUUCUCCUCCUCCUGUGCCCUCUUCGCCCCCCUCCUUUGGGGGCCCCGUGACCCUGAAUGUGGGGGGCACACUAUAUUCCACCACUUUGGAGACCCUGACCCGCUUCCCAGACUCUAUGCUGGGGGCCAUGUUUAGGGCCGGCACCCCCAUGCCCCCCAACCUCAAUUCCCAAGGAGGCGGCCACUACUUCAUCGACCGGGAUGGCAAGGCCUUCCGGCACAUCCUCAAUUUCCUGAGGCUGGGCCGCCUGGACCUGCCCCGUGGGUACGGAGAGACAGCGCUGCUCAGGGCAGAGGCUGACUUCUACCAGAUCCGGCCCCUCCUGGACGCGCUGCGGGAACUGGAGGCCUCUCAGGGGACCCCUGCACCCACAGCUGCCCUGCUCCACGCAGAUGUAGAUGUCAGCCCCCGCCUGGUGCACUUCUCUGCUCGCCGGGGACCCCAUCACUAUGAGCUGAGCUCCGUCCAGGUGGACACCUUCCGAGCCAACCUCUUCUGCACCGACUCUGAGUGUCUAGGUGCUUUGCGGGCCCGAUUUGGUGUGGCCAGUGGGGAUAGGGCAGAGGGGAGCCCACAUUUUCAUCUGGAGUGGGCCCCCCGCCCCGUGGAACUCCCCGAGGUGGAGUAUGGGAGACUGGGGCUGCAGCCGCUGUGGACUGGGGGGCCAGGAGAGCGGCGGGAGGUGGUGGGCACCCCAAGCUUCCUGGAGGAGGUGCUGCGGGUGGCUCUUGAGCACGGCUUCCGACUAGACUCUGUCUUCCCCGACCCCGAAGACCUGCUCAACUCCAGGUCUCUGCGCUUUGUCCGGCACUGAGGAUGCUGUUCUCAGUUUGACUGUGGGGAGGAGAGAGAAUGGGGUACUAGCACCCCUGAAGCCUCUUUCCAGCUCUGCUUCAGGAGCUAUGAGAGUCGGGACUCUCCUGCACCUGACUGGAGCUCAGAUGUGGGCAGGAAUUCCCAAACCUGAGCCCACCAAGGACUCACAAGUGGUCCAGAAGGUCUCAACCUGUGCUGACCCUGGGAGGGGUAGGGAAGGUUCUCUCAGCUUGUUCUUGCCUAAGGCUGAGCACCUCCAGUCUCUCCUUGAUUUGGAGCUCAGUGUUUAAGGGCUUGGAAAAGGGGGGAACAUCUCUUUACCCAGACUAGACCUAGCAAACCCUGGAAGGAUAUUGAGGUCUGGGGAAAAGGGAGGACUUUGCAUUUUCCCAAUGCGGUCUCUUGGACCGUGGCUUCUCCUCCUGAAGCUGGGUGGCCUGGCCUGGCCUGACCAAUGAGAGGCCAGAACACUCUGGAACAUCGGAAGAGGAGUUCUUUGCUAUGUUCCAAGCCAUCUACUGAGGGAGGCAGAAAGGCCACAACCCACCCUAGGUUGAUGUAUGGGAGCUAGGACAGUCCCCAUGGCAAUGGGGCUGGAGCUCCCUCAUCUGGAAGAAUCCCAUAUUGAUGGCAGGGCUGGCCAGGGGGAAGAGGGUAGUAUCUGUGGGUCCUGGCCUUUCUUCAUGUGUGCGUGCAUAUCAGCCCGUGUGGCUGACUGAUGUAUAGGUCCCUGGCAUCCUGGUUCAUAUCUGUGUUGCUGACUACAGUGUCUGUGAUGUCCGCAUGUCCAGGCCUGUUUGGGGUUGCCUAGCGACUCUUCUGGCACAGGGUGUGUCUGUGGUAUACCUGUGAGGUGGUUGACAAUUAGUAGUUUAAUCACAGGGUGUGUGUGUGUGUGUGUGUGUGUGUGUGUGUUUAUGUGCACGCAUGUAUAUACAUCACCAUGUAGCCAGGAGGGGCCUGUUGGGGUUUGAGUCACUGGGAUCUUCCCGGUGAGAGGUAAGAGAAGUCACUGGGCUUAGCUGGGCCUCUGAGGCCUGUAUGGAACUCUUGGUUGCUGAGGCAACCAUGGGCCUGUUGCUAGGAGAUAGCUGGGGAAGGCCCAAGGCUGCCCAGGGCAGAGAGAGGAGAUGAAGAGUUUGGGACAGUGGGGGAGGAGAUGGGAAGGGAUGGGAUUUCUGGGUCCCAGAGCGGGUGGGAUACUCAUGCACAGCUUCUUCACUGGGGGGGGGGGGGGGGGCACACAUUAGCACACAUUAUUUCUCACUGGUCAUGAUUUACAAGAAGAAAAAUAAAACUGCUUUUGGAACCACAAA